AUGGCGUCGCGAGCGGCCCGCGAUGCGAAGCAGCAGCGGCGAAGCGCCGCUGCACCGUGCGAUCACAGCCUGCUUGACCUCCCAGACGAGAUCCUGGCAAUCAUCGUCGCCCGCCUGGUGUGCCCACCCACCAAGCUCGAGCUCAAGGCCGACGCAUACGCCGCGUCGGCGGGCCUGGCGCUGUCGUCGGUCAGCGGGCUGCUGCUGGUGGGCCCCGAGUGGCUGGCCAAGGGCCUCAUAGAGGCGCCGGUCACGUGGCCGCCGGCCGCGCCGACGCAACCAGCGCCCGGGCCGCGCCGUCAGCUUGACGCAGAUAUAGGAGAGGCGGGUGCACACGGCGGGGCGAUGGCGUCAGCGGUGCCGACCAAGCACACGGCGGUGGUGGACGUUGAGGCGAUCCUGCUGACCGGCAGCGCGGCCAGCAGGGGCCACUCGCAGCUGCUGCAGAACAGCCAAGAAUACCUGGCCCAACAGGUGUGCAAGCAGGUCGAGCAGCAGCAGCAACUGGAGGGGGUGGCUGCUGUGGCGGAGGUGCCCGUGCGGCGGCCGUUUGACUUGGCAGCGCUCACGGCAGCGGCCAAGGCCAGGCGGGCAGAGCGCCGCGCUUGGAUCUCCACGCGGGAUGCGAUGGCGAAGUGGCGGCUGCGGGAGGACGACAUUGAAUUGCUGGACAGGAUCAAGCAGCCGCGGCCCAUGGGCAUGUGGCAGCCGUCGUGGAACAAUCGGUACAUGAUCCGCGAGGGGGACGCGGCGCAGGCGGCGCGCAUCAGAUUCAGGGGAAACGUCGUGCAAUUCACUGGGUGGAGGGAGCCGCCGCCAAUAUCCGAGGAGGACCUGCGGAGGGCGCACCUGGAGUGGCAGCUGCGUAGGCUGGGGCGGCGCCAUGGCAGGCGGGCGCUCAUGGCGCUGGCGCCCGCGAAGCGAUUCAUCAAGACCGGCCGUGUGAUGGGCUUCUAUGUGGAAUUCGGCGGCAAGGUGCCCAGUGCGUCCCACGCCGCACGUGCCACCCACGUCGCCGCCUGCUUGGUGGAGCGCGGCAUGGGCGCUCCCGACUGCGCCGCCCUGUACCGCUUUGUCUGGUUCAUCCGCGACGGCGGCGCGGUCGAGGACGUGCCCGCCGCGCUGGACAAGGAGCAGCGCACGCGCGAGGUGGCCCAGGCGAUCGCGGCCGCGCAGCUGCCCGUGCUGUUUUCAGACCAUGACCUGUUCAGGGCCUACGUAGACGGCGGCCCCGCCGCGCCCGGCGUGAUGGCGCCGGCCGCCGCGGCGGCCGAGAUCCUCGCGCGGCGCACGGAGGCGGAGGAGCGGUGCGCGCGGUGCGGGGUGGACCUGGACGGGCCGCUGCCCGACCUGGCGGGGUCCAUUGACGGCUGGGUCGCGCGCGGCGGCGCGCGCUGCGACCUAAAGGAGGAGAACCUGUGCGGCAUGGGGGAGGCCAGGUACAAGGAGCUGAUGAGGAUCGCGGACACAGAGGUGCUCAACCAGCGCGCCAUCGAGAAGCGCCUCAAGGCGCGCCUGCCGGAGAAGCACCUCCCCGGCUUCCAGGAGCGCUACCGUGCGUGGGCGGCCGCAGGCUUUGGCGACGGGUUCGAGGAGCUGCUGGCGUCGAUCGUGGAGUCGGAGGGGCGUGCGCAUGCGGCGGAAAUGGCCGAGAAGACGCGGCGGACGCAGGGGGCGCGCUUGCGGCGGGAGGCGGGGCUCCCAGCGGAGUACCUGCACACCUUCUUUGCUGACAGGUGGGACAGCUACUUCAAGACCGACCACCACGGCCCAACCUCCGGCCCCGAGGCGCUGCGGCGGCUCCUCGCGGACGAGUGCGCCGCGGAGGCCCGGGGCCGGCGCGUCGCGGCGCUGCGCGCCGCCGCGGGCCUGCGGGACCUGACCAGGCUGCCCAUCAACAAGCAGCCGCGGAUGAGGUUUGACGCGUACAUCAACGAGGGCGGGGACGAGCGGUGGAUCAAGCAGCUGAUCGCGUUUGAGGCGGGCGGCGGCCGCGGAGUGCCCGACCUGCCGCCAAAGGGUGUGCCGCGGCCGCCGGCGGGGCACGUGCACAAGUGUCGGGCGUGCCUGCGCUCGGACGCUGCGAAGGGGUGCGCAGCGCUGUGUUGUGCGGCCUGCUGCAAUGCGGAGGUCUGCAAGCGGCACCGCAAGCCAGAAAAGGGCCCUGUUGCGGAGAAGAAAGCCUGA